AUGACGGACGAGGACGUCGACCGUCUAGCACAGGACUUUGCUGCAAAGGUGACGCUGCAUGCGCAGGCCACCCAGGAUAGCGACUGCGAGGAGGAGGCGAGGGAAGAAGGGGCCGGUGGAGGUCCCAUGAUCACAGGCAGCUGCAAGUGCGGCGGCUGUCGUUUUCGGUUCCCCGCACAACAGGUACGGCCCCAGGGCUCCUCGGGCAAGCUGGACAUGGCGAACUGCCACUGCAGCUUUUGCCGUCGGGCGCACGCCGCUGCCUUUGCCUCCUACGUCACCGUGCCCACUGCGGCAGUUGAAAGGCUCAAGGGCUCGGACUUGGUCGAAGCUCGUCGGGAUCGAUGUAAGCACCUCGACGCGGACGUCCUGAGGGUCUUCUGCGGCAAGUGCUUCUCCUCCUUGGCCAUGCUUCCCAAGGUCGGCAAGGAGGUCCACAUCUGUGCCGGCUCACUGGAGUCCGAGAAUCUGCCGCCGGUGCACAGCUUCGUGCCUUGGUGCCAGCAGGAGGCCCCGCCCUUCCUUGGAUUCGUGCCGGCCACGAAGAAGGAGAAGCAGAAGGCCAGGCAAGCUUUGGCGGGACGAGGUGCCAUCAAGGUCGAAGGUGGCUGCAGCUGUGGCGGUUGCCGCUUCGCACUGCCCAGGUUUCCCGAAGAGCUUCAGCACUGCUACUGCAGCAGCUGUCGGAAGCUUUCUGGCGCGGCCUGGCAGACCUGGAUGCCUACUGAGGAGGGGCAGUUGAAAUGGACUGCCAAGGUUGGGCUCAAGAAGGUUCGGACGACAAGCCACGCGAGGAGGCACGUGUGCACGAACUGUGGCGUGUUUAUGACCAUCGUUUACGAUGAAGACGAUGCGGUGUGGCCCUUGGCCGGCGCAUUGGACGACUGCUACACAAAGGAGGAUCUCUGCCUUUGCGUCUCCGACGUGUCGCACAUAUGUGUGAAGUACAAGCAGCCCUGGUGGACGCUUCCCAACGAUGGCCUGCAGCGGAUCAAGGGUGCGAGCUGA